AGGGGGCGACAAAUUCCUCUUUUAGAGCCUGCCUGAGUGAAAUCCUGUGAAACCAAACACAUCAUACUCAUUUAAUAUCACACAAGUCAAAAAAACAAACAAACACUAAAAAGUUCCAGUGUACCGGAAGUAGAUUAACAGGAAGCAUCAGAGCUAGGAGUGAUACAUGCACCUUCAACGAACUUUUAUUUAUUUAUUUCCAUCUUCAAUUAAGAAAACAAACACACACCGGUAUGAUGGACAGUCAGGAGGACAUGGACAUGGACAUGUGGUACACCCACCCAGUGUACACCCGGUACUGGCAGCAUUACCAGCAGGCUAUGAGCUGGUUCCAGAGGCACCGGCGGGCAUACAACAAGGCCAUACAGUCUGCAUAUGACCCUGCUUUUUACCCCGUGUUUCCCACCCUGCCACGUCGCUACGCAGACUGGCACGAUAAAGAGACAGCACACAGAUGUCCUACACAAACAAGGAGACGGAUGGAGGAUGAAGCAGACAGCUCAGCUUCUGAGAGCUCGGAGGAAAGCGAGUUAGAGUACGAUGUCAGCAAAAUGGAUAUCACGGCUGAGUUACGGCAAUAUUUCGCUCAGACUGAGCGCCACAAAGAGGAACUGAAGAGGCAACAGCAGAUGGAAGCAGAGCGACAGGAAGCCUACGUACCGGCUGACCAGGAUCUGCACCGUUCUUGGAGGCGGAGUGCCCAAGCCCCAGCCGAGCGCCCGGGUGAGAGGAGGAGUGCUGAGAUGAAGAAGCUGUAUGGAAAAGAUGCAGCCAAAAUCCAGGGCAUGGAAACAGCCAUGCAGCUCAACUUUGACCGCAACUGUGACCGCAAGCAGCCCAAAUACUGGCCUGUAAUACCGUUAAAGCUGUGAACGGAUUGACUCAGUGCUGCUCCAGUAAUGAUCUCCAGCUCUUAGACAAACAAAUUUCAUAUUAAUACAACAUUCAUCCUAAUAACAUCAGACUGGUGUAUAUUUGUAUGUAGUUGUUAGUGUCAGACUUAUGGGAAAUAUUUUCUGUGUUGCAGUCCUAGACUCCAAGACUCUCUCAUGACACCUGCUAAUCUGGGAAGUGUUGGAUGGAAGAGUUCUGUCCUGUUUUUGUCCUUUUUUCAUUUUGCUGUUCAUUACUCUUCUGUGGUUUUUCCCUUCUUCAAGCCCAUUAAUGAUGUAGAUAUCGUAUGCAUCAAGUUCUUUGUUUUGUCGUUCACAGAGCAAAUUCUCACUAACUAGGUCAGAGCCUCCCCUAUGGUUUUUGUCUGUUCUGUCUGUUCUACUUUUUCACCUUUCCUGUGCUUGGUAUGCUCUUUGUUCAAUUUCCCAUGUUUAUAUAUGAAAAAGUAUAUUUUAAUGUGAAUGGUAAGUUUUGUAAUAAAAUGCAUUGGAUUAAA